AUGGACUUUCAAAUAAUACUUUUCGCGCAUUUUAUUGCAAUUGUAUUUAGUGCAACGUUGCCUGCCAAUAAUGGCAGAGCACCAUACGACCCAGCGGAAUUGUUAAGGAAAGUUUUCAACACCAAUGACACCAUACUACCUAAAGCUAAUUAUGGCUUAAUACAAUUUGAAGACCAAAUAUCACAACCAGAUUAUGUCAAUUUCGAAGCACACAGCAAUCUAGAAGAUAAUAGAGAGAAUUCACAUGAAAUUUCCAUAGAAAAUCAAUAUAAUAAGAACGUUCAUAAUCUGGUUAAGUUUGAAGAUGUAACCAAAGAUGGUUCUAGAAAGAAAAAGCGAAGGAAAAGGAAGCCAAAACAACAAUUCUAUGGUCUGCAUGAUUCAGGCAAUGUACCGAAUUUUCCGUAUGCUCCUGGAUAUGGGAAUAGCCCUAUAAAUGGCCCUUAUCCUUAUGGAGUACAAUAUUAUAAACCACCGCGCCCCAGACCGUCUCUAGCAUCGGGAGCCCUAACGGCGGUGACCGGAGCCCUAACAUCCAUCGCUAUGUACGACGACUACCAGUGCGUCCCACGGCUGCUUUGCGAAGCAGCGGCAGGUGGAGCCCUUGGUUCCUCUGGGAUCUUGCAGACUGUUUCAGGAUUGCAACCUUUAUUGACUCUGUUGUCAGCGUACAACGGCCUCACCAGCAACCCCCUGUUCGUGUUUGGACGUGCGGUGCUGCUCGGAACGUCUGCCGACAGCAGCACCGCUGCCUGCCGCUACGCGUACCCGGCCUGCCCUACUGACCCCGAGCAGCUGGUGCAUUAUCUGAACAAUCAUAAUGGAGGGUUCUUUAGGUUUUUUAACGCACCACAACCGGGGCAACAAAACGUAGAACAAUUCUACAAUCAACUCUCCCAAAACUAUGGACCUUUUCAAUCAAACCAGGAAUACAAUCAGAACGGCAAUCCACAAAACUACGGAUUUUACAAUAAUCAAAAUAAUCAACCAAAUUAUGGUUACCCUGAACCAGGUCUAUAUUCUAAUUAUAAUCAAAAUUAUGGGCUUGCUUACCCUUAUCAGAAUUAUAAUCAGAAUAUUCGCUUCAAAACCAGUGACAACGCGUAUAAAAUCGAAAAACGUAUCCAAAACAAGCUAAAUACACUUUAUAUUGACAAUUUAGAAGAUGAAAAUCCUAAAUGGACAUUUCCAGAGAGGAAUACAAAUUAUCCAGGUAACCAUGUCAAAAAGGAGGUGUUCAAUUCAUAUGGCUCUGAUGUUAAUUAUAAUGACCAAAGAAUACAUAAUAAUGAUCUAAAUAAUAGAAAUCCGUAUCAUAAUGAUAAUAGAAAAGGCAAAACGCUAAAGUUUCCAGGCGUCAAUAAUGAAGAAGAUUACUUACAAGAUAAUUUUGAUAAUAAUCGUGGAUCUUUUUUUCCAGAUAAUGGUAAUAGGCAAUAUCUAGACUAUAAUACUCCAUCGAGUGUUCACAAUAAUUAUGAUAAAAAAUAUCAUGAUAAUAUACAAUACUUAGAUUAUAAUACUGCUUCCAAUAACAAUUAUGAUACCAAAUACCAUGACAAUAAACAAUAUUUAGACUAUAAUACUGCAAAUCAUAAUUAUGAUAACAGGUAUGUUAAUAAUGUAAAAGCUAAUCCAUAUUACGCUAAUCAAAAUGAAUAUUAUAAUUAUAAUAAUGAUAAUUAUAUAAAUAAGAACAAAUACAAUAAUUAUAAUAAUGAUUUGCGAGACGGGGUGCAAACUGUUUACGUUGUUAGAGGUAACGGCGAUCCCAACAAACCAGAAAUUUAUAAGUUAAGACCAGGGCAAUCCGUCCAGUGA